UUCCAUGACACAAAGUGAAUAAAGACAGGGAAUGAGUAGUGAUAUUCAAAAUAUCAGGAAAUGCUAGUCCAAGGAUGAGCUGAAGUACAGAAACUGGUAUGGUUUGGCAGUUUUGAUUUCCUUUAUGCAUUCUUUGUAGAUGUGCUCUGAGCCAGCAACAGUCUCAAAAACCCUUGACUACAGAGUGAUGCAGACUCAAUAGAGCUAAGUAUUGAGUCAUUUGAAUCCCAGUUAUCUCUGGGUUAUCUGAAUAAAAAGGAAAGAAAAAAAAUGACUGCAGAAAUAAGAGGGCUGAAUACCAUUGCAGUAUACGAUAUAGAGUUGAAUGUUGUCCAAUUAGCUUUCCUCUAACUCAUUGCUUUGGUAAUGAUUUAGGGAAUAUUCUGCAACAUACUGUUGAUGUGCUCUAAGAUUGUAGGUCCAAUUUUUGCUAUAAUAAGAAAACACUUAUGGAAAAUAAGGCCAUUGAUUAUUUUUCUUUAAAGGCACGAAGCCACAGUUGUCUGUGAAUGUGUUUCUUUGGGAUUGCUUAUUUGGAGAUGGAAGCAGGCAGAUUCUUCCUUCAUUUACCUUCUAUAAGGGUUUAUGCUGCUUUGAGAGAUACUGUUUAUGCACUUGCUCAUGUCUUUUGUGAAGAAUUGAGACUCUGAUUGUGUCCUGCCAGUCAGUAGCUUGAAGUAUGAAUGCUAGUUUAGUGCCAGACGGCAGCUUUGUGAUUUGCAUUCCAAAUCAGACUUAAGAUUCUCAUUAAAAAAAUUGCUACCCUGUUGUUGCUUAUCUAGAAUUUCUUUUAUCACUCUUUCCAUUUCUCAAACAUGACCCUUAAAAAAUAAUCCCUUUCCAAAGAUUUUCAUUCUAGAUCAGCGCUUCUAGGGGCAAAAAUCAUAACAGUAAAUUACAAAGACAUCCAUAUAUUCUUUUAAAAAUUCCUCUAGAGUUUUUCCUUCAGUGUUUUCUAAGUAAAAUAUUCCCAUGAUUCUCUCACGCUUAAAGGCUUAUUAUACUUAUUCUUUUGUGAAGCAUGCUUGGAUUUCUUCUUUAAAAAUCAGGAAGGUGGGGUCUUACAGGUCCUUUUGUGAUAAUAAUCUUUUACAGAGAAACUUUGAGAUAGUAUAACUGAAUCCCAUCUUGGCACCUUUAAAUCAAAUUAACUAGAUACUUAGUAAAGGGAGAAAAGGAAAACGCAGUUUUGUAAUGAAUCUGACUGUGUGAGAAGGAACUGCAGCAGCAUAAAGAACCGACGGGAAUCUGGGCUUUUCCACUCUGGUAGCAAAGGGGGGAAUUAUGGGUUGGUGGUCUGUUUCAAGUUAGGACACCCCUCCAUCUGUUCGCAGCUCAGCCUGGUUCCAAUUUAAAGCCUAGGUUUCCAUACAAACGUCCAAUUUCUUUCCCCCAUUUUAAAAUGCAAAGCAAAGCUUAUGAAUCCUAGUUGUCUUUGCUCCCCGGAAUUGAGACCACACUUCCCCCCUCCCCAAAUUUUCAGGCUGUUUGUUUGAAUACCUGCCUAGGGUGGCAUACAAUGGGCAGCUUUGAGAAGAAAAAUUGAUCAUCUUCAUGGAAGAGUAAUUUGAAUGAAAUUACACUUGACAGCCAGUCUCCAAGCAAACAAGAGGCGCGAGGGAGCCUUAGCUAAGCUCUAAGGACUUGCCCAAGCCUCUGCUCUGGGAGCGUCCCAGGGAGGAAAAAAAAAUCACCAGUUUUUUCAACAUCUAAUUGAGCUUUUGAUUAAUUCCGUGUACCAGCUUCUACUGAAGAAAGGUAGCCAUGGAAGAGAAUAUGGAAGAGGGACAGACACAAAAAGGCUGCUUCGAGUGCUGUAUCAAAUGCUUGGGGGGGAUUCCCUAUGCAUCUCUGAUCGCCACCAUCCUGCUUUAUGCGGGGGUUGCCCUGUUCUGUGGCUGUGGUCAUGAAGCCCUUUCGGGAACCGUCAACAUUCUUCAAACCUACUUUGAGAUGGCGAGAACUGCUGGAGACACACUAGAUGUAUUCACCAUGAUUGACAUCUUUAAAUAUGUGAUCUACGGCAUCGCGGCUGCAUUCUUCGUGUACGGCAUUCUCCUGAUGGUGGAAGGAUUCUUCACAACUGGGGCAAUCAAAGAUCUCUAUGGCGAUUUCAAAAUAACCACCUGUGGUAGAUGUGUGAGCGCCUGGUUUAUUAUGCUGACUUACCUUUUCAUGUUGGCCUGGCUGGGAGUUACAGCAUUCAGUUCUCUGCCAGUGUACAUGUACUUCAAUCUGUGGACCAUCUGCCGGAACACCACCUUAGUGGAGGGAGCAAAUCUCUGCUUGGACCUUCGUCAGUUUGGGAUUGUGACAAUUGGAGAAGAAAAGAAAAUCUGCACUGUCUCUGAGAAUUUCCUGAGGAUGUGUGAAUCUACCGAGCUGAACAUGACCUUCCACUUGUUCAUUGUGGCUCUCGCUGGAGCUGGCGCAGCAGUUAUUGCUAUGGUUCAUUACCUUAUGGUUCUGUCUGCCAACUGGGCUUAUGUGAAAGAUGCCUGCCGGAUGCAGAAGUAUGAAGACAUCAAGUCUAAGGAAGAACAAGAGCUUCACGACAUUCAUUCUACUCGCUCCAAAGAGCGACUCAAUGCAUACACAUAAAUAAAUUCUCCUUUUCUUUACCAUUUGAAUGCAUUGGUGUUUAACUAAGGACCAUCCAACCAGCUAAACUUUGAACCACAAAAUAAAAGUGCUAUUCAUCAAUGAUAUGAAGGGUGGUUUACGAAUCACCUACAUAUUCUUUGUUGGUUAGUACUUACUUCCCGAAUUGGCUAAAUUGGUGUAAUUAGAUCUCUUCUACAAGCUCCUAUCCAGUCUUUUAAAUUUGUUUUGAAACUUUUACAAAGGAAUUAGUUCUGUAAGGUCAAAGAGAUUAAUCCUGUCAAAGGCAAAGAUUUGUUGAUUUUUUAACCACCUCCCAUGAGUUAUACAUAACACUUUUUUAUUUCACAUUUUUUCUUAUGUUUUGAAAACAAAAUAGCAUUUUAUACUUUUUAGUUUUGAUUUCGGUAACUAGUUUAACUACAGGUAACCUGCAAAGGGACCAUUGUACAUUACAUGAACAGUAGACAGAAGUGACAUCAUGGCGAUUCUUCUUGAAAGACAGAAAUCUUGUCUGGAGGUCAGGGGCAGAAGUACCAUAAGCCCUGGCUAAUGUUUUCAUCAACCUAAGGUGCAAUUUCUAAAUUUAUAAGGAUAGGUUUAAAAAAAGUGCUUCUUAUCUUUGUUAACAUUGUAUUUUUUUUCUUGAUGUACUUAAAGGUAUUUCUCUCCUAUUACUCAGAUUUAUGUUGUGAGCAUGUAGAAACAGUAAUGCUAAUGCAUGGCUACCUGCCUUUUUGAGAUUGUGACAGCAGGCUUACCUUUUCAAGUUUAGUGUAGAGACAAUUUUAAUGGAAAUAACUACUGUGGAUUAUGGGAGAAUGAUCUUUAUGUGAUUUAUGCAGUGGCUGGAUUGGAACUUUUCAGAUGCUAAUGUGGAAAAUUACCUUUAUGAAGGUGGUAUAUUGAAAAUAAGCACACUAACCCCUCUGAACUUGUUUUACCUACUUUAAAAGUUUUAAUGUAUUGCAUCUCUGUAAACUAUUUCAGAAACAUGUAUGAUAUAUUUGCAAAGGCUUCCAUUAAUAUAAUAAUAGCUUUGCUUGCAGCUUCUAAUCUAUGUUGGUUUACCUGUAGUGUUUUCUCAAAUGUGGUCAGAGGCCACUGUAGAAUGUAUUGUUUAGCAGUGUAGUGAUACGUUUGUGUUUUUUUUUCUUUCAAAUAAGUCAUUUUAACCGAAUGUUCAUUCAUAUUCAUUUAUAAGAAGUACCUGUAUCAGAGGAAUUUUAAAGACAAAACAAUCAGUAUUAUCGGACCAAAUUUGGUGUUUGUUUUAACCUUGGCUUUCUUCUUUUGGUGAUUUCUAGUGCUACAAGAAUGCUGUAAAGGUGUCUUUAAAAAUGAUGUAGCCUGACAAGACAUAUUGUCAGUGUAUAAACCUAGGUAGUAUUGUGCACUGAUUUGACCAUUGUGAAAUCUUUCCUUGGUGUAAGUACAUUUCUAAUAAAAUUUAUUGAGUGAAACAAUCUUUGUACAACUACUGGUCAUGCAUCAUCAGUAAUUUUACAAGUUCUUGUAGUAUGUAGGGGGUAUUACUGGGGCUAAUUGUGGCAUGAUUAUUCAUUCUGUAGUAUCAAUUAAUUUGGGGGUUCCCUUUGCUUUUUUUUACACUUAGGUUAUCUUAAUGGUUCAACAUUUUUCUGAUAUAUAUGCAGUAUUAAAUAUAUUCAGCAAAAGUAUUAAUGGGCUUCUUUAAAUCUGAUAUUAUAGUGUUUCAUUUCUGUGUCUACAGUUUGUGAUGGUUUUUAAAACUUUCUUUUAAAUUUAUGUAAUGAUGUUGACUCUUUUGGCUUUUAUUUCUGGUAUUAGAGUUUGUAUUUUCACAGAGUGCUUUGUAGCAGGCAUUACAAGUAAUCUGUUUUGUACAUAAAUGUGCCAACAGCUUGAUGGUGGCGUUUUUGAAUUGUAGAACAAAAUGCUUGCAAAAUGUAAUAAACACACUUGUGUACUUUGUGUACUUA